GAUUGUUCUGCCAAUAUUGAAUCGUUAGGCAGUGAAAGAAAUAAAACAAUUUAUAAAUUUACUCCUCCUGAAGAUGUGAAUGGUAUUAAGGGUGUUUAUAUUUCUUGGGAUUAUAUUAUUAAUCCUAGCACCCCUAAUAUUGUUUUUCGUGGAGAAUUAGAUGAUAUUAAAAAUAAUUAUCCAGAUCGUGAUAUCCAAAAAUACAUAGAUUAUCUCCAAAAUUACUACAUAUUUCCUCAAGAAAACUUGGGUAAUCAGUAUUAUAUUAAAUGGACCAGAAGAAAAUACUUGGUUCGUGAUUGGACCAAUUAUUUAGGUUUUCCUAAUUAUCAUAUUUCACUUCGUAUUGCAGAGCCAAUAGCUGCAGCACCUUUUGAAAACUUUGUCAAUCGGACUGAACUAUAUAUUUACCCAUAUGGGAUUGAUAGCUAUAGUUUUGCAGAUGAAUAUUUUGAAAGCAUUGAAACAGAAAAAAGAAAUCAAACCGUUUUAAGCAAUAUUGGUUCACUUGGAGGUGCAAUUGGCAUAAUAAUAGGAAUUUAUGCUAUUUUAUUUGGUAGGCCACUCCUGAGCCCAUGGGGAGUCUUCCAAAAUUGUUGUUUGUAUAAACCAAGAUCAAAAGAAAAACUUUUAAAAAAUUUACCAAUGGUUCCUUUGACCGAAAAAAACCAAUUAAAAAUUGAAGACCAAAAUGUUAAAGAAGAACUUGCUUCUCUUAUCACAAAAUUCCAUUCUUUGGAAACAAUUCUAAGAGAGUACGUUAUAAACUCAGAUUUUCUUGACGAAUUGGAGACCGGAAAAAAUGAGACUAGUAAUGAUUAG